UGACCAGGCAGCGACCAAUGAGAUGCAGCUUUCCCACACCAGGCAGGGAGGGGGUGGGCUCGAUUUCUGUCUCUCUGGCUUAGAGGCCGAGGAUCGAUUUGCCCGUGUGUGUGAGGGGGUGAGAAGCGAAAGAUAAAAUGGCGGCCGUGGCUGCUGCGCCCGGGCCGGGGGAAGCCGGAGAAAGCGAGCAGGACAGCAAAACGACUCCCGGAGAAUGGAGGCUGGGAGAAUUGCAGUGCGAGCCCAUAGUGGCAGUGUUGGACUCGGAGAGGCAGUCGCUAAUCCGCUGUGAGAUGGAUAGCGACACCCUGGAGAAGGCAGGGCCUGUUGUGGAGCAGCUGGGCGGCUCGGGGACUGACCAAGCCAUGGUAUGUGAGGGCAGCGAAAUUGGACUGGGGCUGGAAGGCAAAGACGGGGGAGAGGAGACUAUGCAGGUGGGGGGUGAACAGGUCGUGGCCCCAGAGCCAGUAGAAAUGGAGUCUGAGUCUUCUCCUGACAGCAUCCCCCAAACCCUGCCUUCAGAGCAGAGCUUCUCCUCAUCCUCGUGUGGGUCAGCAAAGGAGCAGGAGUGUAUAUCUGAGGGGCACUCUCAAGUCACUCAUAAUGCCCCACAUCCACCACAAUCACAGGUCCAACUGCUGCAGAUGCAUGAUGAUGUUCCUCAGCUACCAGAACAUGAAGCACACCAGCUACAGAUGCACAGCAAUGUUCUGCAUUCACCAGAGCCUGAUGUCCAACAGCUGCACAUGUAUAGUGAUGUUCCACAGCUACCAGAACCCAAGGCCCAACAGCUGCAGAUCCAUGGUGACGUUCUUCAGCUACCAGAACCUAAGGCCCAACAGCUGCAGAUCCAUGGUGAUGUUCCACAGCUACCUGAACCCAAGGCCCACCUCCUGCAGAUGCAUGGUGAUGUUCCUCAGCUACCACAACCUGAAGCACACCAGCUACAGAUGCACAGCAAUGUUCCACAGUCACCAGAUACUGAUGUCCAACAGCUGCACAUGUAUAGUGAUGUUCCUCAGCUACCAGAACCCAAGGCCCAACAGCUGCAGAUUCAUGCUGAUGUUCCACAGCUACCUGAACCCAAGGCCCACUUGCUGCAGAUGCAUGGUGAUGUUCCUCAGCUACCAGAACCCAAGGCCCAACAGCUGCAGAUGCAUGGUGAUGUUCCUCAGCUACCAGAACCCAAGGCCCAACAGCUGCAGAUGCAUAGUGAUGUUCCUCAGCUACCAGAACCCAAGGCCCAACAGCUGCAGAUGCAUUAUGAUGUUCCUCAGCUACCAAAACCCAAGGCCCACCUGCUGCAGAUGCAUGGUGAUGUUCCUCAGCUACCAGAACCCAAGGCCCACCUGCUGCAAAUGCAUAGCAAUGUUCCACAGCUACCAGUUACUGAUGUUCUACAGCUACCAGAACCUGGGGCCCAACAGCUGCAGAUGCAUUGUGAUGUUCCUCAGCUACCAGAAACUAAAGCCCAACAGCUGCAGAUGCAUUGUGAUGUUCCUCAGCUACCAGAAACUAAAGCCCAACAGCUGCAGAUCCAUUGUGAUGUUCCUCAGCUACCAGAACCCAAGGCCGAACAGCUGCAGAUGCAUGGUGAUGUUCCUCAGCUACCAGAACCCAAGGCCCACCUGCUGCAGAUGCAUAGUGUUCCACAGUCGCCAGUUCCUGAUGUUCUACAACUAACAGAACCCAAGGCCCAACAGCUGCAAAUGCAUGGUGGUGUUCCACAGCCACCAGGACCUGAGGUCCAACAUCAGGAAAUGUAUGAUGUCCUUCAGCUCCUAGAAUCUGAGCAGGAGGUGUAUGGGGAUCCUUCGCAGCCACCACAACUUGAGGUCCAACCACUGAAACAUGAAUUGGAUCAAGAACAGAAACUGGUGGUCCAACAAGAAAUGGAGCAUGAACCACCCAGCUCUUUUCAAGUAAAGCAGGUACAAGAUACUGUGGGUGUAGUGGUUGUGGGCUUGCAAGAACAUGCUGGUGUAAAAUAUAAGCCCUUAAAUGGACCAGUACCAGAGGAAUUCAUUACUCGGGACCCUUUGUCUUUAGGGGAGAAAGGUUUUCCUGGGGAAGCACUGUCUGUAGGGGAUACAAUGCCAGUUGUAGCUCAGUCCAUAGGAGAAGCUGGUUCCGAGGAAGCACUAUCCUUAAUGGAAACAGGCCAUGGGGAAGCUUUGUCCAUUAGUGAAGAGUGUCCUGGUGAUGCCAUACUGAUUUUUAACAAAAGCCUUAGUGAUUCCCUGUCCAUUCAGAAAGCCAAUUUUGAGGAAGUCAUGCUCAUAGAGACUGACCAUUCAGAAGGGGUUUUGCCUAUAAAGGAAAAUGGGUCGGAGGAAGCCAUUUUGAGUGGGACACUUUCUGAUCAGGUUGAAAAUGUAGCUAUUGACAAGUUGGAUACUUGGCAACAGGCUGCUGGAGAAAUCGUAUCCCAGGAGGAGCCUGUUCCUGGAAAAGCAAAGGCACAGGCUGCCACUGUGGCUAUCCCAGUAAUAGAGACUGUUUCUGGGGAUGUGUUAGCUGUCCAGGAGCCAUUAGCUUUGGAAAGUCUAACUCAACAGAAGGUUUUAUAUGUCACUCCUUUACAGGAAUCUGGGCUGCAGGAAGUCUGUGCACAGGAAACCCUGCCUCAGGACAUACAGAAAAACUUUACAACUGACCUUAAGCAGUCAUUUAAAGAGGCUCAAGAGGAACCACUUUCAGAAGAUCUUCAUUUAAAGAAAGUGGAAUUAUUAUUUCAAGAAGUCCAAAAUCCACAUGUACUGGAGUCAUGCAGUUUUCCCCAGAAUUUGAUACCAGAUGAUCAGGACAUAAAAGAACUAGUGCCUGAGUGCCAGCACACACACAAACCUGCUGAUGUACAGAGCCCAGUAUCUGGUGAAAUCCCCCAGCCAGGCAAAGAAUUUUCUUUGGAAUUUCAUCAGCAACACAACUUAGAAUCCAUAGAGGCCCCUCACAAUAGACUACUACCUGCGAAUGUACAGAUUUCAUCAGAGACCAAACUAUAUUUUGAAAGCCCCAUUUCUGAGAAGGUUCAGAAAGUACAUGAGUGCUGUGAAGAGCAGGGGCAGCAAGACCCCAACAACAUCAAUAUGGAAGUAUUUUCUGAGGAAACAAAAUCAUCGGUAGAUACAAUGUGUGAGGCUGCUAACUUGGGUCCGGAAAUUGAUUUUUUAUCCAAGUCGUUGGUUAUUCCUGACCAUGUUUCUGUUGAAAGAGAUCAUGCGUCUCCUUUAACCGCCAAUCAGUUGAAUGAAAGGAAUGUUUCUUGUUUCAAGCAUAAGGAAACACAUUCUGAACUUUGUAUGACAGUGGAUACACUCUUAGAGACACAGCCAAACAAACUAGAUGAGGAUAACACAAAGAAUAUUACCUGUGGACUUCAAUUUGUCUUUGAAAAGCCAGAAUUACAACCAGACCAGUUAUCUAGAGACAUGGCAACAGAAAAUAUAACUGGGUCGGAUCCUGAGAAAGUUACCUUUGUACAUGAACUAAUCCCUGAAUCUGUCACAGAGGACACUGUUAUAAACCUUGGGCCUAACCAACAGGGAACAGGUGUUCCUGGUCCAACCUUAAUGAAAACAGUAUAUGGUAUAGACAAGAAUUCUGAUUUCGAGUCGGUUUCUGUAAUGGACUAUAAGCCACCUUAUAGGGGCAUUAACCAAGAACGGAUAGCUGGUGAAAACAAAAAAGCAAGACAUGAACAACUACCCAGACAUACCUUCUUACAAAAAGAGCCUACUCCCAUGAUUCUUUCAGAAGUCAGAGACAGCGGAGUCCAUACAGAAAUGUGUUUGGAGGAGGCUACGCUCUCUUCUAAUAAUGAUGGGUCAGAGACAAGCCUAAAUGACCCAGAUUGUGACAUUGGAUCUAUGGGGACAUCUGAGGGUUCCGUUGUGACUUCUGGAAUCGGCAGUCUCAUCCCUGGUUCUGAAGUUCAGGUCACGCUUGAUCACAUCAUUCAGGAUGCACUGGUGGUUUCCUUCUGCCAUGGAAACAGAAUUUUCUCAGGAGUUUUAAUGGAUCUUUCAAAAAGGUUUGGACCCCAUGGAAUUCCUGUAACUGUCCAUCCUAGACGAGAAUACAAAAAUAAGCCAGUGGAAUCCAUCCAGGAAGAGAGCAAGUCAUUCCAUGAAGAGACAUUGUUAAAAAGUGAAGAAAAUGUAACUCCUCCUGAGGAUGUCACCCCUAUUCAGCAAUCAGAGUCUUGUGAAAUUCAAAACUUGUGGACUACAAAACCUCCACCACUUUUCCAUGAAGGAGCUCCAUACCCUCCUCCUUUGUUUAUCAGGGACACAUAUAACCAGUCAAUACCUCAGCCACCACCCCGUAAAAUUAAAAGACCCAAAAAGAAAAUCUACAGAGAGGAACCGACUUCCAUAAUUAAUGCGAUUAAGCUACGACCUAGGCAGGUCUUGUGCGAUAAAUGUAAAAAUAAUGUUGUGGCAGAUAAAAAGGAGAUCAGAAAAGUUGCCACUGAUUCGUAUAAGACAGAGGAAGGAAAGAGGCGGCGGCAUGAAACAAUAACUACUGUGAACAAAAAACUGAAAACUGAUCAUAAGGUAAAUGGAAAAGGUCAACAUGAAAGUCAGAAAAGAGCGGGCGUUACCAAGGUUCCUAACCUUGCACAUGGACGAGGGAAAGUGGUAAAGGUACCUUCUCAAACAAGUGCAGCAAAGACUCAACUGCACACUAAGAAGGUGCUUCAGAACAAAAAUAUGGAUCAUGUAAAGGCUCGAGAAGUGCUUAAAAUGGCCAAGGAAAAGGCUCAAAAAAAGCAGAAGGUAACAACUUCCUCGAAAAAUGCACACAGUAAAGUCCACUUUACACGGCGCCUUCAGAACUCCAACUCAGGGACCCUCCCUCCAAGACUACGCAUCAAACCUCAAAGGUACCGCAACGAGGAGAACGACUCUUCGCUCAAGCCAGGACUUGAGACAUUACGGAGCAGCAAGAUGGGUAUCAAGCCCCAGACACGCUACUCUGCCACUCGUUCUGCAGGUGAGGCACCCUCAGAAAUACAGAGCCCCUCAAAUGGCCCUGAAGAGGUCAGCAGUGAGAUUCAGGACACAAAUGUCUGUGUACCACCUGAGGAGCAGGACUUGCAGCAAACACUGGGCAAACGGGGCAGCAAAAGCAAUAUCACAGUUUACAUGGCCAUAAAUCAAAAGAAAGCCAACUCUUCCAGUGCCUCAGUGUGUAGUAGUGAUAGCACAGAUGAUAUGAAAUCAUCCCACUCUGAGUGUAGUUCUACUGAAAACUUUGAUUUCCCCCCAGGCAGCAUGCACACACCUUCCUCUUCCUCCGCCUCUUCCAAAGAAGAGAAAAAGCUGAGUAAUUCCUUGAAAAUAAAGAUGUUUUCCAAAAAUGUCUCUAAAUGUGUGACCCCUGAUGGCAGGACCAUAUGUGUUGGGGACAUUGUUUGGGCAAAGAUUUAUGGCUUCCCGUGGUGGCCAGCGCGUAUACUCGCUAUAACUAUCAGUCGAAAAGAUAAUGGCUUGCUUAUCCGGCAGGAAGCCCGCAUAUCAUGGUUUGGGUCCCCAACAACCUCUUUCCUUGCUUUGUCACAGCUCGCCCCAUUUUUAGAAAACUUUCAGUCACGUUUUAACAAGAAGAGAAAGGGCCUUUAUCGCAAGGCCAUUACAGAAGCAGCUAAGGCUGCCAAACAGCUCACUCCAGAGGUGCGGGCCCUCUUGACACAAUUUGAAACGUGAACUCCUUAUGUAAGGUAGGCAAAUUUGGAGGUCCUGUAACAUUUGUAUAGCCUGGUCAGAUAUAUCUACCAGGGUUUAGAUUUGGCUGGAAAUAAGCACUGUCCCAACUGAAGGUCAACUGAGCAUUUUUUUUUUUUUUUUUUUUUUUUUGGUAGCCAACAUUUCACUUUAAGACACCACAAGUAUCAAGGUGUAGUUUAUUGUGUAAAUUAAGGGUUCAGUUUUCUAGUUUUGGAAAACCUAAUGUUACACUCCACCUCUCAGUAUCACAAAGUCUUCUAUAGGGGCUUGCAAUAUAGGGGCCAGUUCUCUGCUAAGUGGCUGUUCUGAAUUCAGUUUUCAUUAUCAUCUGUGGUUUAGCUCUGCAUAAUAGAAAAUUAUAAUGUUAUAUACAUUGCACUCUGAAUUGUAAGACAGUUGACGAUAAGAUGUUUGUAAAGCAACCAGGGUUUAAAUUCAGGAAUUAUCCAUUUGAUUAUAACUGUUGACGCAUGGUCUGUUGACCAGUUUAAUAUCCAUUCUGGUAAAGAUACAUUGUGAUUUGUCCGAUGUGUAAUUGUUACAUUUUUGGAUGUAUCUUUGUUUUUAUUUUUUUCCGAUCAUAAUGCAGAUGCAUUAUUUUAAGUUCUUAUUUUCUUUUAAGUUUAAGGUUAUCUGUUUGCGGGUCAGAAAAUAUGAAAACAUAAAUGUAAUUGUGUAUUGCUCUGAAAUGUACAAAAAAGUGUAAAUAAAAUUACCUAAAUCUGAA